UCUAAUACAUCCUCUCUGACACAAAUUAGCAGGAACUCAGAGUAAGCAGCACGCUCCAGCAGUCAGUUAUCAUGUCCGACAGAGGUGCAUUCGAUACCAAUGUAGUGACCCUAACCAGGUUUGUCUUGGAAGAGGGCAGAAAAGCCAAAGGAACAGGGGAGCUUACAACCCUUCUCAACUCUAUGUGCACAGCUAUCAAAGCCAUUUCCACUGCUGUCAGAAAAGCUGGUAUUGCCAACCUAUAUGGAAUUGCCGGGAGCACAAAUGUAACAGGUGACCAAGUGAAAAAGUUGGAUGUCCUGUCCAAUGAUCUGGUUAUAAACAUGAUCAAGUCCUCCUUUACUUCCUGUGUUUUGGUGUCUGAGGAAGAUGAAAAAGCCGUCAUUAUAGAACCAGAGAAACGGGGCAAAUAUGUGGUUUGCUUUGACCCUCUGGAUGGCUCUUCCAACAUUGACUGCUUAGCUUCUAUUGGAACCAUUUUUGCAAUUUACAGAAAGGACACUGAUGAUGAGCCCUCAGAGAAGGAUGCCUUGCGAAGUGGCAGAAACAUCGUGGCAGCAGGGUAUGCCCUCUAUGGCAGUGCCACCAUGCUGGUUCUCUCCACAGGCCAAGGAGUCAACUGCUUCAUGCUUGAUCCUGCCAUCGGUGAGUUCAUACUUGUAGACCAGGAUGUGAGGAUCAAGAAGAAGGGAAAGAUCUACAGUCUCAAUGAAGGCUAUGCACAGCAAUUUUACCCAGAUGUAACAGAAUACCUGCAAAAAAAGAAAUUUCCAGAAGAUGGAAGUUCACCAUAUGGAGGGCGCUAUGUGGGGUCCAUGGUAGCUGAUGUGCACAGGACGCUGGUCUAUGGUGGAAUUUUUCUUUAUCCUGCUAAUGUCAAGAGCCCCAAGGGCAAGCUAAGGCUGUUGUAUGAGUGCAACCCCAUGGCCUUCAUCAUAGAGCAGGCUGGUGGUAUGGCGACAACAGGAGCCAUGAAUGUUCUGGACAUCAAACCGGACACAAUCCACCAGAGGGUUCCUGUCGUACUGGGCUCCCCUGAUGAUGUACAAGAGUAUAUUGCCAUCUUCAAGAAACACAACAAAUGAGAUGCAACCAGAUGAUCAUCUUUUGCUAUCUACUGUAGACAUCAUCACCCUACUGAAAUUUGAAACCUAGGGAAAUGAGAUGUCACGAAGCAUUAUUGUCUGUAUAUACAUAAGGGUACAAACAUGUUCCAUUUUCAGUUCAUUAAUGUUUGUGUUGGGUCCAUUUUUUUACUUGUAUGACCCCCAUUUAUGUGAUUUGUUAAAAUAAGUAAUAUAUCAAUGCCACAGGUUAUACUGACUAAUAUUGAGUCCUAUAAACACUUCUGUUCAUCUUCAGAAUAAAAUAUAUAUAUAUGUAAUUUGAUAAUUUGUCUGUUUAUAUGCAUAUUUAUUUUGCAGGUAUAUUUAUAUAUUUCUAUAUCUAUACAUGUUGUAAACCUCUAUAUACAGUAUGCAUCAUAUGAUGAUGAGUUGAUGAUGAUGAUGUCAUAUCCAUGUUGCAUUCCCUUAGUAAGGUUCUUUGCAGUAAGUCAUUGUAAUAGCAAAGUGUGAGUAAUAUGGCAAGACUGGGAUUCUGGUUAAUCAUGAUUUGUGUGUCUACUAUAGUUGUAAUACCUCUUUCAACCAAGAUGUUUUCUUGGACUGACAUGUUGUGGCAAAGGAAGUUUGAAAGCUACAGCUCACAGAAUAUGUUGUGUUGCCUAAGGUCUGUUGUAGCCCUUCUUAGAAAAUUAAUUAUGUAGGCUACAGUGUUGGGUAAGUUACUCUUAAAAAGUAAUUAAUUACUAACUACCCUAAUUACAUCUUCUACAGUGUAAGUAGAUAACUGUACAAAUUACUCUUUCUGAAAGUAAUUGCAUUACUGAUUACUAAUUUCUUUCUAAAACUCUUAUCAACCUCGACCAGAUGAAAAAUUCAAGGAUAGUCCUGAAACUGUUCUUUUAAUUUUUUCAGAUAAAUCAUAGAAAAUCAAAUACAUGAUUCAUGAACUGGCCAAAGAAUUUAAGGGGUGUUAGAUAAUUUUGUCAUCCAAUGUAUUUAAUUUAUUUGUUGAUCUGCAAUCCCCGUCUCGAUACGGCUCAGCUGAGGGAAGAAAUAAGUGACACAGAGAACCAAUGCUAUCAAAUCCUUCUUCAGCGUUUAUUGUUUCAGCAUUCUGUUAUAUGGUCCAGAAAACCACAUUCCACUGGACCCUCACCAAUGAAAUAGUCCUUUACUUUAUAUGGGGGUGACAUACAUUCGAGGUACGUGUGAAACGUGAGAAUAGAGAGAAAAAACAGAUUCCUUAGAACAUCUUUAGAACAGGGAGCAGCUGCAGCUACCCAACAAAAUAUGUUUAAAAGAGGCCUUCAUUAUUCCACAUUACAUCACCAGAGAAGUUGUUGAGAAGCCUUAAUUAUUCUACAAGGGGGAAGUGUUAAAUUAGAAAACAUAUAUUUUAACAUUAGAUGUUACAAUUUGCUUAAUUUUACUAUUGUUUUAUAUAGACUUGUUCUAUAGUCUAUAAAGUAUUUAACACAAUUACAUCAGAAGUAGCUGUAAUUACAUUACUGGAAAAUUAAGAGCAAUCCCAUACUUUACUAUUUUCUUUGAAAAAGUAAUUUAAUUACUGUAAUUAAUUACUUAGUAAUGCUACCCAACACUGAUUAUGUAAAGAUUAGUUACAAGCAGGGCUCCAGUUGAGGGGGGAUGCUAGGGAAAAUUCCCUUGUUGCAAGAAAUACCAAAAAGCAGCCUCCUUGUAAAACCACUCACUGCUUACAAGUACUGUAUGUAGAUGCAUGAACGUGUAAUUGCAGAAUUUGUUAAACAUUAAAAGAGCGCUGAUUUCAACUUCAAAUAAUCAUUGGCAA